UCUCAACGGCUGGAAUUUGGAGCUGGCGUUGGCCCCUGAGGGCUCAGGUGGAGAGGGGCGAGUUGGGACACACUGUCUCUUGCCCUUUCCCUCUGUGGGCUGAAGCAGACUCCGCAGGAGCGAGGGUCGCGGAGCUGGGUGGCUGAGUCAGCGGAAAUGUCCCUCCUGGCUUGAACUGUCGGGCUCGGCUGGCGCCUGCGGGAGCGGAGGUCUCCUUACUGGGUCCGUUUGCGUCCGUCGUGAACCCACCUGUGGUGGAGCGAGAGGGAAUUUGGGAGUGCCAGGGGUUCCUCCGGACUUACUCUUCGCUGUCAUUUUGGCGGCUGUUUUACUUCAGGGGAUUUCAGUUUCGACGUAGUUUUGGAUCCAGACUUGAAGAAUGAUUCGUGAAGGGAAUGGUUGACAGCGUCAUCACGGCAUUUUAUUGACCAUGGAUUCUUAUGAUGCACCAGAAUCGACUCCUAGACAGUGUGCAUCCUCAAGGCUUAAAGAUUACUUUAUAGGUGCCACCCCUCUGCAAAAACGAUUAGAAUCAGUCAGGAAGCAGACUUCAUUUAUCCCGACUCCACCUCGAAGGAAAAUUCCCGAGUGUUCACAACUGCAGGAAGAUGUUGAUCCUCAAAAGUUUGCGUUCCUUUUGCAUAAACAAUGGACUUUAUAUAGUUUAACUCCCUUAUAUAAAUUCUCCUAUUCUAAUUUCAAAGAGUAUUCUAAACUUCUGAAUGCAUUUAUUGCUGCUGAAAAGCAAAAAGGACUUGCUGUGGAAGUGGGAGAUGACUUCAACAUCAAAGUGAUUUUCUCUACUCUCCUGGGAAUGAAAGGAACACAGAGAGACCCUGAAGCAUUUCUUGUCCAGAUUCUGUCAAAAUCUCAAUUGCCAUCUGAGCACAGAGAAGGUAAAGUGUUGUGGACUGGUUGGUUCUGCUGCAUAUUUGGAGACAGUCUUCUGGAGACUGUUUCAGAAGAUUUCACCUGUCUACCCUUAUUCCUUGCAAAUGGUGCAGAGACUAAUACAGCCAUAAUUGGAACCUGGUUUCAGAAAACUUUUGACUGUUAUUUCCGUCCCUUAGCAAUCAAUGCGUUUAAUCUUUCCUGGAUGGCUGCUAUGUGGACUGCAUGCAAAAUGGACCAUUAUAUGGCUACUACUGAAUUUCUUUGGUCUGUACCCUGUAGCCCUCAAAGUCUGGAUAUUUCUUAUGCCAUACAUCCAGAAGAUGCAAAAGCUUUGUGGGAUAGUGUUCACAAAACACCUGGGGAAGUUACCCAGGAGGAAGUUGACUUAUUCAUGGACUGCCUGUAUUCACAUUUCCAUAGGCAUUUCAAAAUUCAUUUAUCAGCCACAAGAUUGGUUCGUGUUUCAACAUCUGUAGCUUCAGCACAUACUGAUGGAAAAAUAAAGAUUUUGUGUCAUAAAUACCUUAUUGGAGUGUUGGCAUAUGUGACAGAACUAGCAAUUUUUCAAAUUGAGUGAGGCCUUGUGGGGACUGUAAGUUAUGGAUUAUAUACCUUUUUCUUAUUGACUAUCUGCCUGAUUGCUAUGCUGAGGGGGACUGCAGGAGAAAUGGGCAUCUGUGCAUCUGUUUUCCUCACAGUGCCUUGGAAUUACCCAGAUGAAAGCCAAGAAGGAUCUAGAAGAACAAAGAAGGUGGUGGUGGUGGAUGAACCACAGCCAGGUGCUCAUGUAAUAUAGUCCUGGUCAUCUGGGAUGCCAGUCUCUAGAAUAUGCCGAGUUAUUAAUUUGUUGGCCAUCUU